CCACGGCCCCUCCCCCGUAGCCCCUCCCUAUAAAUUGGCCCGCCACCGCGCCGUCGCUCCUCCCACUCCCAGAGCACACCAUAGCGCUCCAUCGUCGCCGAGACCGACCGUCAGAAGCAUAGCAUCCCGGUUGGUCGGGCCGUUGCAUCGAUGGCCGCCAUGAAGGUUGUGCUGAAGCUGGACGUGCACGACGACAGGCAGAAGCAGAAGGCCAUCAAGGUGGUCUCCGCGCUCCAUGGGAUCGACCACAUCGCCGUGGACAUGAAGGACCAGAAGAUGACGGUCGUCGGCACCGUCGACCCCAUCGCCGUCGUGGCCAAGCUACGCAGCAAACCCUUCCCCACGGCGCAGAUCUUCUCCGUCGGCCCGGCCAAGGAGGAGAAGAAGGACGGCGACAAGAAGGAAGGCGAUAAGAAGGAGGGCGACAAGCUGGCGGCGUACCCGCCGUACUGGUACCCGCCACCGCCGUACCACCCACACCUGCACCACCUCGCUCACUGCGCCGAGGAGGACCCCAACUCGUGCGUCAUCUGUUGAUCGACGCGCGCCGCCGAUUCUCUCCCUUCCUGCCGCUGCCGAUCGAUCAGCCUACCUGCACCGGUGAUCGACGGCGUGCGUUAUAUAUAUGGCCGUGUAAGGUGUGUAAGUUGCGCCGGUGAUCCGGCAGCUGCAUGUGCCUGUGCAUCUGCUUAGUUUGUAAUGUAAUGUGCAGGUACAUAAUUACAGUAUGUUGUUCAGAAAUGAAAA